AUGCAUGUCUGUUGGCUAGACAAUGCCAAUACUUUCGACAAACUCAUCCCCCGUCUCUCUCCAGCCCUGCAUGUGGCGGCAAUAGACCUGCCUGGACACGGCCAGUCUUCUCACAGACCCCGUGGAACCCUCUACCAUGUCCAGGACUACAUUGCUGAUGUCAAGUAUGUCAUUGAUGCACUGAAAUGGGACAAGUUCUCUUUUCUGGCUCAUUCAAUGAGCACAGGAGUCUCUUCAUGGUUCACUGCAGCUCUACCAGAGAUGGUUGAAAGUCUUGUCCUCAUAGAAGGAUUUGGAUUUGUGUCUGCACCACUGGAAGACUUGCCAGAACGUAUGGGCAAGAUGUUAAAAUGUCUGGGUUCACUCAGUAAUACAGUGGACACAAAGGUCUAUUCCACCUGGGAUGAACUGGUUGACAGGAUGUUGGAGGGUCACCAGGCGAUGGACCCUAGCUUCACUAGAGAGGCAGCAGCCACUCUUUCUGCCAGAGGCUCCAACAAACUACCCAGUGGCAGCUACCAGUUCACUAGAGACCUCAUGCUCAAAGCUCCAUCACUGCUCCGAAUACCAGGAUGUGUAAGCUCUACUUUUUUGUCAGCUGUCCAGUGCCCUGUCCUCCUUAUUGUUUCAGAGAAUUCAUUUGUGACAAGGGUAUACAACUCCCUCACCCCUGAGAUGCUACCAAAACAGUUGAAGAUAGUGCGAGUGUCAGGAGGACAUCAUGUUCAUCUCUGCCAGCCGGAGGUCCUGGACAGAGCAGUGGACACCUUUCUACUUCGCCAGACACUGCACCCUGACUUUACCGAGAUCAGCAAGCUAUAGCCUUCGAUAGUACACUAAGAGUAUAUUUAUUAAUGCAUAAUAGUGCUGUCUGAGUGACCAAUUUUAAAAACACCACUCCACUGAAUAAAGCCACCCACCAAACCCAAGUGUCAGUUUCAUGUUUGUUCUAUAUACGGUCAAGUAGAAAUUGCACUCUUGCAAUUGCCUGCUCUAGUUAUCAUUGUCAGCCACUACCAUUUUGUUUUAGCCUCCAAAUGCGCAAAAGCUUAGGUAAAAUAGCCACACCCUUUCUAUUUGACAGUGGAGACAACAGUAUAGUCCCAUAAAGAUGAGAGAUGGUCAUGGAGGUGACAAACUGUAACCCUACUCAGCUUGAUCAGGUUCCACUGUGCUCAAAUAUAUAUACCAUCUGUCAAACAUAGACAGAACACCUAAAGUACACUCCCAACCACUGCAGGAAUAGAUGGUGGCGGGGGUGCCUGCCUGACCAUGCUAGCUCCUUAAUUGCAGGGACAUAGUGAUGGGCAUGAGCAUGCAGCAGAAGUUAUUUCAUUGCCCAGAAGUUAUUCUGGUUGAUUUGUUGCCACCUUGUGGCAGAAAAGGUUGACGCAGAGAGACAUACACACACCCUGUUUGAUUAUGUGUGCCAGUUGGCUCCAACAACAAGUAUACUACUGGCAAAAGUAGUUCAGUCAUAAUAUUUCAAGGUACCGUAGAGAGGAUGUUACAGAGCUUAGGAGUGCCAAUGUUUUGCUUCAAUGCUUAUAGUAACACGUCUUUAUAGGAGCAGGUCUGGAAUGGGAUCUAGCUAUGAAGGUUGAUAACGUAGCUUAUCACAACUAGCUACAUACACCUUUCUUUGGUCCUGCAGCAUGGCAGAUCAGUAACAUUACCGACCAUGUCCAUAGCAGUGCCGAGUUCUGCCUGCCCACUUCAACUGAGGAAUAUUGUUUGAUGUUUUGCGAAACAAUGCAAGCCAAUCUAGUUGCCUUUAUUGUAUCUGUCUGAUACUGUCACCAUUAGAUCUACUUAGAGACAAGCAGAAGAACCCUUAUUCUUGGCAGAGACCGUAUUCCAAAAGCAUUAUUCUUUUUCAGGGAUCCCGAAGAGAAUAAAUAAUCAAUUGAUUCAUCAUCGACCAUCCCUGAUGGCAGGCUGGACCA